AUGACUGCAGGCAGAGUCAACCCUUACAGCAUCGUGUCCUCCGAGGAAGACGGGCUGAGGUUGACCACCAUGCCAGGUAUCAACGGCUUUGGCAAUGGGAAAAUCCACACCAGGAGGAAAUGUAGGAACAGGUUUGUAAAGAAGAAUGGUCAGUGCAACGUGGAGUUCACCAACAUGGAUGACAAGCCGCAGAGGUACAUUGCAGACAUGUUCACCACGUGCGUUGACAUCCGCUGGAGGUAUAUGCUCUUGCUCUUUUCCCUGGCAUUUCUGGUGUCCUGGUUAUUGUUUGGGCUGAUUUUCUGGCUAAUUGCACUCAUUCACGGAGAUCUAGAAAACCCGGGUGGAGACGAUACCUUCAAGCCUUGCGUUCUGCAGGUCAAUGGCUUUGUGGCUGCUUUUCUGUUCUCCAUCGAGACCCAAACGACUAUUGGUUACGGCUUCCGCUGCGUGACGGAGGAGUGCCCGCUCGCGGUCUUCAUGGUGGUGGUUCAGUCCAUCGUGGGGUGUAUAAUUGACUCUUUCAUGAUUGGUGCAAUAAUGGCAAAGAUGGCCAGGCCCAAAAAACGGGCCCAGACAUUACUUUUCAGCCAUAACGCAGUAGUGGCAAUGAGAGAUGGAAAACUCUGCCUGAUGUGGAGAGUUGGGAACCUCCGGAAAAGCCACAUAGUAGAAGCCCACGUACGAGCUCAGCUAAUUAAGCCCAGGAUCACAGAAGAAGGGGAGUACAUACCGCUCGACCAAAUAGACAUCGACGUGGGGUUUGAUAAAGGCUUGGACCGUAUCUUCUUGGUGUCCCCCAUCACCAUUCUCCAUGAGAUCAAUGAAGACAGCCCCUUGUUCGGGAUCAGCCGCCAGGACUUGGAGACAGAUGACUUUGAGAUCGUGGUCAUCCUGGAAGGCAUGGUAGAAGCCACCGCUAUGACGACGCAAGCUCGGAGCUCCUACCUGGCCAGCGAGAUCCUCUGGGGCCACCGCUUCGAGCCCGUCUUGUUCGAGGAGAAAAACCAGUACAAAGUAGACUAUUCCCACUUCCACAAAACCUACGAGGUCCCGUCCACCCCCCGUUGCAGCGCCAAGGACUUGGUGGAGAACAAAUUCCUGCUGCCCAGCACCAACUCCUUCUGCUACGAGAACGAGCUGGCCUUCAUGAGUCGUGACGAGGAAGAGGAAGACGAUGACAGCCGGGGUUUGGAGGACCUGAGCCCGGACAACAGGCACGAGUUUGAUAGGCUUCAAGCCACAAUAGCAUUGGAUCAGCGGUCGUACAGGAGGGAGUCGGAAAUAUGA